AUGAAACAUUACUUCACGUUGCUGAUUUGUCAAUUUAUUGAUGCGGUGGUUUGAAAUUGAAGUGCGAAGCUCCGCAUUUCACAAUUAUUAAUUUAGUCAAUUUUUCAUGAGGACGAGUGCAUUGUGUGCGUGAAGUGAUAAAGGACAAAGACAUAAGUGUAGUUUUUAAUAUGGUUUUGGCCGAAAGGAAUACCGAUGUUCGAAAUGGGAAGCGGUCGAGGGGGCCAAGCCCCAAUGGCCAUGGAAGUCCUGACUCAAGUUCUGAAGAUGAAAAUGCAGUGGUACCGUUUGCAGCUGAGAAAAUCCGUGUGGGGAGGGAUUACCAGGCAGUGUGUCCGGAGCUGGAAGCCGUGGACCAGCGGAGGCCCGAGCUCAUCGCAGACAGGGCCCUGCUGGUGUGGUCCCCCACUGCUGACAUUUCCGAUUCUAAAUUGGAUGAAUACAUAACAGUAGCAAAAGAGAAGUAUGGUUAUAAUGGUGAGCAAGCACUGGGCAUGUUGUUCUGGCACAAACACGACCUGAACCGAGCAUCAAUGGAUCUGGCCAACUUCACACCAUUCCCUGAUGAGUGGACGGUGGAAGACAAGGUGUUGUUCGAGCAGGCCUUCCAGUUCCAUGGCAAAAGCUUCCACAGGAUACGGCAGAUGCUACCGGACAAGUCAAUAGCAUCACUAGUGAAAUACUACUACUCCUGGAAGAAGACGAGAGCUCGCACAUCACUGAUGGAUGUUGUAGGAGAGAACCGCAAUGCCACCGGCACCACUGGACCCACGGGUAAAAGAGAAUCCGGUGCUUCAGAGCAAGGUGGCUCUGACAAAGAGUCUGACAAUGAUGAAAAGGGCUCGGGCGCGCAGCGAUGCACGGGCUGCGGCGUGCACUGCACGCUCACCACGCCCCACAACUCGCAGCGGCUGUGCCAGGCAUGCCUCGUGCACGCCAGACGCACGGGCAGCAUGCGGCCGCUGUGCGGGCCGGCGGGGCGGCGCGGGCCCGGCGGCAAGCAGCGGUUCAAGCACCGUCUGCCAAGAGGCAUUUACAUCAACCACGACGACCUGGUUGCCAUGGCGACCGGCCCGCAGCCCGGCGAGCCGACCCAACCCGGAUUGGUCAAUCAAGGCGACGCCAUGCUCAAGGCGAUGGAUCGAGAGAUCGUGUCGCUCAAGAGACAAGUGCAGCAUAAUAAGCAACAGUUGAGUGCAAUGAAGAGGAAGGUUGGAGACAGUGGUAUAGAGCAGCUUCGGCCCGGAGAGCCUCCUGCUAAAAUCAACUCGCGAUGGACCAAUGAGGAGCUGCUAAUGGCUGUCACCGCCGUCAGGAAAUAUGGCAAGGACUUCCAAGCGAUCGCGGAGACGCUCGGCACGAAGACGGAGGCGCAUGUUCGCACGUUCUUCAUCUCGUACCGCCGCCGCUACAACUUGGACGCCGUGCUGCGCGAGCACGAGGCCGAGCGAACGGCCAGCGUGCACCACAUCACAGGAACAAGCACAGACAACCCUGAGAGCGCGACGGACAGUCCCAGCGCCAACGGAACCACCUCACCCACAAAUACCACCAAGGAUGAAAAGACAGAAGUAGACAGCGAGGGCGUGUCCAUCGGAGCGCCGGCGGAGCAGGGCGGCGCCCCCACCGCGCCCGCGCCGCUCAAGCCGCGCGUCAACUGAUGCCCGAGGACCCGUUGACCGCCCACCGCUAGACGGAAACAAAAAUGAUGGCCACAAAGAAGAACGCUAGACGGAAAGAAAAAUAAUCGCCACUAAGAAGAAGAUAUCGGUUGGGAAAAGAAUCAAUUUCGGAAGAAAAAUAAUACUGCGGAGCUUUACACGAUAGUGGCAAAAGGACAGCCUCAGCUAAUGCUGCGUAUUGCAUAUGAUUGUGUAAAUAUUAUAUACGAUAAAACUUUAUGUGACACCGGUGUGACUGUAUCCACGCACAGCUGUACUGGCCUCGAAGUGAAUGAUUAAUAGAGGGGUAAUAUUUGCAGAGUGGAAGUGGAGCAUUGUAUUUGUAAUGUGGCUUUACUGACUCUUUUGCGUUUCCGAUUAUUAUCAUCAUAAUCUCUAAAUAGUAUUUGACAUCUGAAUAAGGUAUUUGACGGCGUUAAAAUAAGUAAUAAUAUGAAGUUCUUACAAUCCUGUAAGAUUAAUAAUAUGGAUUAUAAACAGCAAAGCUUCUUUUUAACUUCAUAAAGGGAGAUACUAUGGUAGUUUUGGUUCUCAUUUACCCACCAAAAUCCUAUGUCUCGUUAUUUCAGAUACUAAUUUGACAAAUGCAAAUGUAAAGUUGAUAAAAAUCUGGUAAGUAGGAAUGGAAUGCACAUAUCUACCACUUUUACCUUACUUUUACACCCAACUUAACAUUUGCAUGUUGUCAAAUUAAAUUAGUAUCUAUGAUUAAAAAAACUUGAAUAAGAUUUUUGUUUGCAUUUGAGCUGUCAAUGCCCAGGCGGUCUUCUGUAUCACAUAAUAAAUUAAUAAUAUUGAAUGAGAAAUACAACAACUGUGUAACGCUUUAUAUUUCUUAUGAUCAUUACAUUCUGUUAUUUAGCUAAGACUGAUGCAAUAUGUUUUAAAUAAGUGACACAAAUCUUACUUCAUUGCAAAAACUGAGUCGGUCGACGUCAUGGAUAUGUAGUCAAUUUCUAUAAUUUUUACCAGGUCGGUAAAUUAUUGUCAUAAAGAUAAUAUUGAAAUGCUCCAAAUUAUGAGACUAUUCAUGACGCCGUUUGAACUACUUCUACACAAGCCAUAAACCAUGUUUUUUUAAAGUAUAAGCCUCAGAAAGCUUUUAAUAUUGACCACAACACUUAUUUUACAAUACUUUAACAUUCGCAGAAGCUAGUAUAAAGCAUUUAAAACAGUCUAUAGUAUCGUUUGUAAUUAAUUAGAUAUUACAAUCGUGUGUAAAAUCAUUUAUGUAAUGGAAAUUCAAUUUUAAUAUAUCAAAUCGAACAAUAAUACGAUAGUUCGGCAUUGCAUUAUGCCUUCAACGUAAGAAAGUUUGUAUACGCUUCAGGAAAGCAUUAAUAGGUAGGUCCUUGUAAAGUGUAAAUAUAUGAUGUGUGUUAAGUGUGCAAAAUGGUAUGAUCCCUAUAUUUCUAGUAGGUUAUAAGUAUUAUUUUUUGUAAAUUUGAUGGUUUCAGUUUCUUAGGAAAUAAUGGAAAAUAGGAAGAAGAAUUCUACCGUAGUGGUGCCGCCAACAUUAUAUAGACUGAGAAUUGUGUUGUGAUUGACCACUGAAGAAACUUAUACUGUACAGAUCUUAGCAAAAUGUGUUAUAAUAAUAAUUGGUUUAAUGGUAAAAAGGUGUUUGGGGUGUCCAAGCUGUCCACUCACCAUAAAAAUAUCAAUACAAAGCAAAUAUUUUCAAUAUAUGACGGUUUUACGUAAAUUGGGGCACUUUAGAUUGAAAUGUAUAGGAAUUUCUUCGGUCAUUUAGGAUUGUACUCUUAAGUGUUUUUUGAAAUUUCUGUAUUCAUUUAAGAUCAGUUUAAGGUUAGGUGUUCGUUUAUUUUAUGAUCUCUUCACUACAAAAGGGAGAAUGACUAGGUUUGAAUGUGCUUUUUUUGCUCUAAUAGGAUAAAUAUUUCACAUGUCUAACAGUUUAUUUAAGUAUGUACUUAUAUAAACCAUGAUUUGUUUACAUGUGAUAAAUCUUUAGGUAGAUCUAGAGAUAUCGUAAAAUAUCACUUGCCUUAAUAAUAAUGUCAUGUAUACUCGCAUGCUUAAACUAAUACUACUAAACAUAAGUAUAUUAGACGGCUUACAGCAUUCGUUUACGAUAGAUAUACAGUUAGUUUUAUAUUUUACUCUAAAAAGAGGUAGAAGUUUUGUGUAGUCUCAUUGUAUGAUACGAUUAUAACUUAUUAAUGUUUUAAGAAUAAAAAGUAUCGUUUGCAGAAUUCAUACUAGAUAGGCGAAAAUAAAUACUGAGAUAGAGCGGCUGAGCCGCAGCAAAAUCUACUGUGAAAAUAGCUGUAUCCUCUAGACUAGAAAAUUGGGUUACUUGACCGUACAAAAAGCAAUACUAUUAACAUAAUAUCAAUUUAAAAAUUAUCGGUUCUACUGCCUAGAACAGGAUUAUUAUUAGGAUUGCAAAUGCAUUAGUAUUAAUUUAUUUAUACACAGACGUAUGUACAUUUUAUAUAAUAGCUACAAUUGCCUUAUUGUUUAAAUAAUAGACACAUUAGAUUCUCCGGGCAGAGGCUCCAGCCAUAGUCAGUUGUGAAAUGAGCUAAAUCUAAAUCUUAUUUUUAGUGAAAGUGUAUUUUGCAAUGAUCUAUGUAAUUACAGCGCGUACGGGGAAUAUAAUUUAAGUAUGUAUUGACUAAUAUUUUUGUACACGUAAAAGACAUCUUGAUUGAAUGAAAACCUAAGUAUAGAGUGUGUUAAAUAGUUUUAUUAUUUUACCAUAUUUAAUUAUUCUUUAGCAAAUAUCUUUAGAGUAUAAGUUCUUUCAUUUAGCGUCCUUAGCUUAAUUUCUAGCAUAAUCGAUUUACUUUUAAUAUAUUUUUACAUCACGUCAGCAAAAUAAAAUGGGUUUUUGAUUUCGGUAUUAUCCAAAGAUGUGGUUACCGAUGAAAUUAUCUUAAGGCAUUGUUUGUGCACUAAAAUCAUUCUCAUCAAUUUUAAAUUGAUAGUGUAAAGUCCGCCUAAUUUUUAACUAAAUUCUUUUCUUUUCGUUUUGAUAAGUAGUUUUCUUAUGUGAAGCCGUUUUUUUUUACAAAUUGAACUUUUAUAUCAAGAUAGUUAAACCAAUAUAAUUAACGUAAUAGAAGCAUUUCCCUGAAAAAAGAUGUCAUAAUCUAGCCAAUUUGAAACCUAAUAAACAAUGUGAGAUAGGCGUUUCAACUUUCUCUGCAUUUUCGUUCUUUUGCAGGCUGCGCAGUUAGACUGGCUAGUGCGCGGUCGGCCUAAGACAACUAGAAUUAUCCUCUAGAAGCUAGAAUUGCUUUCAAUUAAAAUAUUUCAAGAAUGUGUGAUAUGAAUACAAGUGACGCACCACACGCAAUGUUACAAAUUAUUAACUAGUGAGGUUAAAUUAUUAAUUUACUUUAGUACCGUCGAUUUAAGUUGGGUUAUGGGAUUAUUGUUUUUUAGUUUUUGUAAAUAUGAUUUUCAUGGAGUCGCAUCUAUUCGUGUAUCAGUGUUCAGUUUAGUAAAAUGUAGCUCUCCUAAAGCAAACUCUUACAUCCGUAUAAAAAUCCAAAGAUUGUGCACACAAACUAAAGUCAUUUUUUUAUUUUAUUGAUGCUUUGAUGUAGAGCUGUAGGGAUAUUGUUACAGAAUUAAAUUAUUUUUAUUAGAAUUUAUGUGCUCUGUAUAUUAAGAAUUAAUCAGUUACAUUAAUGAAGUUUUUAAUGAUUAAGUCAGUGCUCAAAACACCAUUAGUUUCAAUCUAAUCUGAUAAUUUCUAUUAUAACAAUUAGUUAAGAUAUCAAAAGUUCAAUUUUCAAUCUGCUAAAUAUUAGUUUGUUUUAAACACAUACAAUAAAUUAAUAUAAGUAUAUAUGAA